AUGAACGACCACGAAUACUACAGCCAAAAGCCGCUACCCAUACCCGGCCAGUCAACGAGCUACCAUGGCGGCGGCACCGGCUAUUAUAAUCAAAAUCACGGCCAGGGGCAACAGCCCAUGCCAACCUCCUACAGCGCAAACUCCCAAUCGCCCUUCGAUACCGUCUUCGACGACCAUGUCUAUCCCGCAUCUUCACAUCAGUCCGGCGCUUCUUCAAGCCGACAACAUCUAAGUCAGCAAUACCAAGACACGGCCUACCACGGCCCCGUCCGUGUUCCCUCCGAAGAAGAUAUAGCUUACAAUCAUCCCACAGAUGACAUCCCUCUGGAGGACCGCAGCGGCGGCAGAAACAAGAACAAUGACCCCGAGAUGCAAGAUCACGUCUACGAUGCGCCCCAACCACAGCAAAAGAAGCCACGAAGCGGUCGUAUUAGUAUGGGACAACUAGGAAUGCAUGGCUCGAAUGCGAAGAGGAUACCCUUUGUUGUUUACUUCUUUACCACCGUCCAGGUGGCCGUAUUCAUCGCCGAACUCGUCAAGAACGGCAUGGCCACCGGAUCACCCAUCAUGAUCAAGCCCACAUUCAACCCCUUCAUCGGUCCAUCCAGCUACAUGCUCAUCAACAUGGGCGCCCGCUGGGACCCGUGCAUGCACGCCAUCCCGGGGGUCCAAAACGCAACACAGCCGAUUAGCUGGCCCUGUCCAAACACCACAACCUACGACGUCAAUGCCCCGACCAUGAAGUGUACCCUUUCCGAACUAUGCGGCUUUGGCGGCGUCCCCGAGCCCUGGUACAACGCCACUGCGACCAUGGAAAACGUUCCCGCACCCGACCAGUGGUGGCGCUUCAUCACCCCGAUGUUCCUCCACGCCGGAGUAAUCCACAUUGGCUUCAACAUGCUUCUCCAGAUGAGCAUCGGAAGGGAGAUGGAGCAGUCGAUCGGAUCGAUUCGCUUCUUCAUCGUUUACGUCACCGCUGGAAUUUUCGGGUUCGUGAUGGGCGGAAACUUUGCAGCCAACGGCAUGCAGACGACGGGUGCGUCGGGCGCCCUUUUCGGUGUCAUUGCUCUCUUGCUAUUGGAUUUGCUCUAUUCAUGGAGGGACCGCAAGAGCCCCUGGAAGGAUUUGCUGUUCGUCAUGCUCGACAUCGUCAUCUCUUUCGUGCUCGGUCUGCUUCCGGGUCUGGACAACUUUGCCCACAUUGGUGGCUUCUUGGCCGGUCUCGCCCUGGGAAUCUGUGUGUUACAAUCGCCAAACGCGCUCCGCCGUCGUAUCGGUGACGAACCGCCUUAUUCGCAGGUUGUUGACACCAACGGCUUCCUGAGGCAAGGGGCACCGCCUUCUUUCUUCAGUAAUCCUGUCGGGUUCUUCAAGGGUCGGAAACCGCUGUGGUGGGUUUGGUGGCUGGUCAGGGCGGCUUUCUUGACUCUUGCUGUCGUCAUCUUCAUCUUGCUUCUUAACAACUUUUAUGUGGAUCAUAAGGAGUGCAGCUGGUGCAAGUAUUUGAGUUGUCUGCCCGUCAAAAACUGGUGCGAAGAUGGAAACUUGCAAAUUACGACCACAAAUAACAAGCGCGACCUUGUUUUUGCUGCUGGUUUGGAGCAGUUACCGAGGUUUUAUGCUCACUUUGCAUAA